CACAUUUUGUCGAAGGUCAGUUUUCACACCGGCGCGCGCGCAGGGAAAGAGAAAGCACAAAUAGUGCAUCUGUGUCUGCAUCGAAGAUCGCCUACGAAGAUUAUUGAUGACAUCUCGUUGAUUCACACACGCAUAUAUGUUUGGCUAUUAAACGACGAGAUUGUGUAACGCGGCAACAUCAUCGACAUCAAAACAAUACUCGCUAGCUUCGCGCAAUGCAACCUCCCUACUGAGACGUUCUCAUCUUGCCAGCUUGUCGUAAGAAAAAUACAAAGAGAAGAUUACAAAGUGAGAGUCAUUCGGUUGAUUCAUUAGAAGUCGUUGCGUGUCUUCUCUGUGGUAGUCCUUUUUUUUCUUAGCCGAUGAUAAUGGAUGAUAACAAGCAGGUAGGUGAUACUUCUAGUAGCGAGGUUGCUAAUCGAUUUCGAAGCUGUAGGGAUCUGAGCGACAUCGUGCCGUUAUAUCCGCCACUUUAUCUGAAACCACUUGCCAAAGUUAACGUGUCAGUCAAUCUGCCCCAACUGAAGACCCCAGGAAAAACAAUAUCAACAUGGGAGGUAAUGGAGAAGAUACGCAAACUUAUAUUGCCGGACGAGUUUACGUCCCUGAAGGUGGCCAAGAGCACCUUAGAAUUUAUCCGGCUGGAGGGCGACCUGCGGGACCGAUGCAGGUUGCCGAGCGUGCUGGCCAGAUUGGAUUCGCAGGGCUUGAAUCUGGCCGGCUUUACGAACAUUCUCAAGGUCCGUGCGGCCGAAGCAAAGGACGACUUUCCGACCAGACACGACUGGGACUCCUACUUCAGGGACGCAAAGCACAUGAACGAGUUGAAGGCUGGCGAAAGGCCGGACACCAUCCACAUUUCUGGCCUGCCGAUUAAAUGGUUUAUUGAGGAUGACUCGGACACUCCGAGCGAGUCGUUGAUCACCAAAAUCUUCAAGAAAUGGGGCACGUUGAGAAGAAUCGAUGUGCCCGCCGCGGAUAUUUACAGGUCCAGAAUGCGCCUCGGUAACAACAUUCAUAAGUUCAGUUACGAGGAAGGAAUAUAUUUUGAUGUGUACGUACAGUACGUAGAGUACAUGGACUUCGUCAGCGCAAUGAAAGCCUUGCGCGGCAUGAAACUGUUGAAAAAAGAUGGGCAAAACUCGCUAACAGCAACGAUGAAGGUCGAUUUUGACAAGACCAAACACAUGAGUGAUAAUUCGGUAUCACAUCGAGAAUUUGAGAGAAAGCGCUUAAUAGCGCAAGAUAAUUUAGCGGCGGAGAAAAUGCGACGAAAAGAGGAAGCAGAAAAGAAACGGCGAGAAGAGCAAAAAAAAAAGGAAGAAGCAGAUUCGGUGGCAAAAGCAAGUCGGCAGCGAAAGCGAGAGGAAAACCGAAAACGGAAGGCUCUCAAAAUGUUUCGCAAGCAGGAAGAAGACAAAGUGUCCAUGAAAAUAGCCAGAGAAGAACAAAAGUUAAUAAAAGCCCAACGACAGUUGGAAAGUAUGCGAUUGUUAGAUGAAUUGUUUGAUAGAAUAAAGAUUAAAGUGGAAAAGAAGGAGAUUAAGUUAGGUCAAAAUGUGAAUGCAGAAACGAGAAAGGAUGAGAAGAAAUGCGACCAAAUGAGCGAAAACGCUAGUAAAUUAGAUUCGGAAAAUGACAAGAAAAAUAAGAAAGAAGAUGUCAAGAAGAAGAAAACGAAAAAAGAGAAAAAGAAAAAGAAAAAACAGAAGAAAAUGCAGAAAAAGCGGAAAAAGGAUGACGAUUCUGGGUCAGGUAGUACUUCAGAAGAUUCUGAUAAGGAGUCAAACAAGAAAAAGCUCAAGAGUGUUUUGACAAAGAAUAAUUGCACGUCUUCGUCCACGGGCGUGACUCUUCCUUACGCCGACGCCUACGAUCCGAUACAGAUGCUGAGGAUACCGAUGUCGAGAUAUCCGCCAAUGUCGCCAGGAAUGCAAAUGAUGAGAAUACCAAUGUCGAGGUAUCCAGCAACACAGAUGCUGAGAGGGCCAAUGGCAAGGUAUCAUCCUAUAUCAUCUGUGCGUAGGGGUCGAGGAUACUUUCCGCGAUGUGAUGUGGGCGCUUGGACCAAUCCUUACUUGUACAACGAGGAUUAUUACGAAUAUUUCACGCAGAUAGUUAAUCAAGACUCGAAACGGCGGGAGCCUAAAGUACGUCGGAAGUCGAUGAGCAGAUCAGCUUCGAAAACGAGGAAUUCGAAAACUAGGUCUAGCAGUAAGACAAGAGACAGAAGCGUUUCUAGAUCUCGCAGCAGGAGACGCAGUGGCUCGCGUUUCAAAAAUAGCAGCAAGAGAUCGAAAUCAACUUCCAGAUCGCGCUCCAGAUCGCGAUCGCGCCGUUCGAGGUCCAGACGAAAAUCGCGUUCUAGAAGCCGCUCAAGAUCGCGCAGUCGGCGAAAAUCAACGAGCAGAUCUGGCUCGAGAAGAAGGAGAUCGGAAUCGAAUACAAAGCGUAGAAGCGCUACUAGAUCACGCAGCAGGAGACGCAGCGGCUCACGUAACAAGCGUCGUAGCAGUAGGUCGGAUUCGCGAUCUAGAACGCGUCGCUCAAGAUCCAAACGAAAAUCACGCUCCAGAUCGAGGAGGAGUCGUUCCAGAUCUCGCGGCAGUCCCAGGAAUCGUUACAGGAGGAGACACAGUGGCAGAUCUGCUUCCGUUGUCAAAGUCACACGAGCAAAAUCGCGAACCACAUCGCCUAAACGAAGAUCGCGUAGCAGUUCUUGGUCUAUGCCGAGAUCUCCAGGUCGAAGAAGUUGUUCUUGGUCGAAAGCUGUUUCCGAAACUAACGUUAGCGAGAACGUGAACAAAAUAUCGGACACAGCGACCCAAGAGGAACCAAUAAAAACGAUAGAAGCGCAGCAAGAAGUACUCGAGAAUUAAAAGGACUCAAAAUCAUUAGUGUUUAAAAUGUAAUGUUUUUUUAUUGUUUAGUUAAGGUUUAAUGUCUCUUAGUGUUUUAUUAAAAUGUAAUGAAAAAAAAAGAAUUUACCAAUAAUUAUAUAGGGUGCUUCCAACUGAAUUUUGAUACUUAUAUGAAGAAAAAGUUAUUUCCAUAUAAAUAUUAAUAUUUUUAUAAGCAUCCUGUAUGUUAUAUUUCUUGUGCAUUUAGGAACUAUGAUUUGAAAAGAUUAGUUCUCGUUUUAUGAAUGUUAUGAACUUGAUGAUGUAAAUGAUGAACUUGAUAAUGUAAUUGAUUUUGGAGUUGAUAUGUCUGUUGUCUGGAAGCUUCCCAUAUUUGUGAAGAUUAUGAAAGUGUAUAGAUUUUGUGACAGAAAGUCCAAGCAAAAUAUUGUCUUUCCAGAUCGUGAUCUCAAAUUCUGACAGAAAUCGUAAUUCUCGAACUGCCACGGAAAAAAAUCGAUGUUGAUUUCUGCAUAUGGAAAAGUCACAUUAUUAUUUAUAUUGCCAUAAUUUAAUUGGUCCUUUUGUUUAUAUUCCAUCUUAUAUAUGCUUAUAAAUUUUCUCUUGCAAUGACUUAAAUAUUAAAACAUUUUCUUAUAAAUAUCCUUAACGUGUAUAUAAGUUCUUGCAAUGUACUAGCCAUUUGUACUGCGUCGAGAUUGCAAUUGCGAAAUAAAUCCAAGAGAAGCAGAAUAUAUAUAAACAUUUAGCUCGAUAUCUUUAAUUCAAUAAAAUUGAAGUUCAAUAUCUUUGAAAGAUGAAAGUUAAUUCUUAUUGUAGAUUAAAGGAAUGCUAAAUCAUAUUCAUAUUACUCACCGAAUAUCAAUCUUUCUCUGUAUUUUAUUUUUUGUAUUAGUUUGAUAACCGAUUUCUUUCAAUAGAGUUACGUUUUUUUUUAGCACA